CAGAGUAAAAACAGGAGCAGUCGCAGAUUCGAGCUCGACCGAGGAGGAGAAAGAAGAAGAAGAAGAAGCAGAGAGAGAGAGAGGUAGAGGAGGAGGAGAAGAAUAAAGAGCAGAAUCCGGAGGAAGAGGAGGAGCAGUGUGGAUGUAGCUGUUCGCGGCUGUAACUUUGUGGAUCUGCAGAGACGCAGAGGAUGGGAGUGACCUGCUGCUCCAGAUGUGUCUCAGUCUUCCUGUCUCUGCACAUCUUCUCAGUGCUGCAGACGGUGCUGGUCAGCGCUGGUCAAUGUGACUCGGUGUUUAAAGGAUUCUCCGACUGUCUGCUUCAGCUGGGGGAGAACAUGGCCAACUAUCCACAGGACCUGGACGACAGGGAGAACCUGCACAAGAUCUGCACCUACUGGGAUAACUUCCACUCCUGUGCCACGACGGCGCUGGCCGACUGCCAGGAGGGGGCGACGGACCUGUGGGAGAAGCUGAAGAAGGAAUCCCGCACUCUGGAUUUCCGUGGGAGUUUGUUUGAACUCUGUGGCGGCGGCAACGCAGCCCCCCCCUCCUCCGACGCCCGGGGCCUGGCCUGGCUGCUCACCGCGCUGCCCACCCUACUGACUUGGCUGGCGUUCUAACAGACACCAGCAAAAAUAAAAACACAAGGGAAAAGAAGAUAAACAGAAAAAACCCAAAUAAAAAAAGAAAAUAGAAAAAGAGUGAUAGCUGCUCAAACACGACUUCCUGGACCGAGUUCGAAUCCAUCUCCAGAAAACUACGCCCGAUAUGGAUUUUAAUUAUUGCAUCACUCCACGGCGGGGGACACUUCCUGGGGACAUCUGCAGGUCGUCCUCCAGGAGCGCUCGUCCAAUCACACGCUGACCCCACCCGGGCGACCUCAUGAAAUAUUCAACAAGCCGUUGAGCUGAACGAUGACAGUGAUGAAAAUUUGAUGGAUUCUUUGCCACUUACAAUCGUGGAAUUACACAGUAUUAAAGUCAACCAUGAAUUAUUGAUGUUUAGUGGGCUCGGCCUAGACGCCACCAUGUGACUGCCGGGUGCUGACACAGUGUCGGGCUGUAUAUUAGUUUCCCUUAUAGCCGGGGGCACAUCUCCACGUGCACGCCAGGCCAAGCUUAACACCAUCAAAUCAAUAAGACAAGCCAAGGCCUAGAGUCCAUUCCAGAGCCCCCCCCCCCCCCCCCCCCUCAUUUCCAUCACGGACAGUUUCUCCUUUUUUAUUGCAGCGACUCGGUGGCGCUGCGGGUCGACGGACUGGAUGCUCGAUGCCGAUGUGAUGUUUGUAUUCUCUGUUGUGCUCACACAAGCUUCUUUUCCUCAUGGAGACAUUUAGCAGCAACUGGAACUGGUUUGUGUGGAGUGGUCCCAGUGGGCGUCCAGUCAGUUUCCACCUGUACAGGUGAACGGGUUAAUCUGUGGCACUGACGAGAGCGGCAGCGCGGCCUGCAGUUCACUGUGAGCCUGCAGGGGGCGUGUUGUUAAACGUAUAGUGUUUUAAACUUGGUUGUUGAGACGGCUACAACCAAAGCCAGCUGAAGAAAUGUUGCCCGGCCACUUCCUGUUGUGGCGGCGGCAGCGUUUGCUCAGCAGCUCCGAGUCGUGACCACGGAGAGUUCAACGCCGGCUGCUCGGCCUCACACUGAGGAUCUGACGCUUCAGCUCGAUUCAGGAGAUGAGCACAAACGGAACGCUUGAUUAUCACUGGUGAUGGAAAAUAUUGUGUUUUUCACUAAAGAUUUAAAAGUACUCCCCCCCCCCCCCCCCCUCCACUUACCCAAACAAUUUGGCUUGAUUAAAAAGAUUAGCAUUAGCUUCAGUUAAGCUAACGUUUUGGUUUACAAUUAGAGUCAAGGCAGCUGAAUGGCUAACUAACAGUUUCUCUAAUAGCUCAAACCAAUCGAUGGAGAUUAGCCGUUGGUUUGAGUUAGCAUCAGUGUGAAGUUAGCUUCGGUUCAGGUGGGUUAGCUAAAGUAGACCAGAGUGAGUGAGGCUAGCUAAGGUUCAGUUUAGCAACAAAUGAAAGGCUAGCUGACGAUUUGAGUGAUUACACAUAUCGAUCAGUUUAAUUGUAACGUGUUAGCUGAAGCUCGGGGGUUGGGUUAAUGCGUAAAGGAGAGAAGUGGUGAAAUCCAACAGGUUGUGUCUAUUUAGUUCGUAGUUAACAGCUCAGUUUGGAAACUAAAGUAGAAUCAUGUUAGCUAAUAGUUGAGUUUUAAGUUAUACGUUAUAAAGGUUUGUUUAAAUGAGCUAAACUCCAGGUUAGACAAAAGGUUAAAGACUGAGUUAGCGCAGAGCUGAAGUUAGCAUGUGGCUAAAUGAGCAUUUCAGUUUGGUGCUGAUUUAAUUGAUAAAACUGUUCAACUUUAAUGUCUCAUAAAAAUAAUAAGUAGUUUUUGUGCUCAUUUCCUGGAAUCUCAUCUCUUCAUCCCGA